UAGCGCCAUCUUCGUGCUUGUCAGUUCGCCGCGAACUGUUGUGUGGAUAGUGUCUACGACGUAUCCAAUUCCAAUAAUAUUAUCGCACCGGUUCCAAUUACACCGGUACACGCAAAUUUAAGGAUAAAAUAUAUACAUAACUCAAAAUAAGUGUCGAUUUAAUUCAUGUUUGUGUAGACCGAUUAGGUUUUUAUUCAAGUGCAUCAGUGAAUUCGUCUCGCGAUCUACGCGACUGCAUUUCUUUGGUGUGUGAGCUCGCUGACGUGUAAAAAGACACAAUGAACGGUCUCAACGGACAUAGCAACGGCGAGGUGAACGGAGCCGGCGACAUCAUCACGCAGAACCAGCAGCGCGGCUGGUGGACCAUCGGCCUCAUCAACUCCCGCUACCGGUACCUCACCGCGGAGACCUUCGGCUUCAAGAUCAACGCCAACGGGACCAGCCUCAAGAAGAAACAGAUCUGGACCUUGGAGCCGGCCGGGAACGCUAAUGAUAGUAUGAUAUACCUGCGCUCCCACCUGGACAAGUACUUGGCAGUGGACUCCUUCGGGAACGUCACCUGCGAGUCCGAGGAGAAGGAGGCCGGAAGCAAGUUUCAAAUCAGUGUGUCCGAUGACAACAGCGGCCGGUGGGCCCUCCGUAACGUAGAGCGCGGCUACUACCUCGGGUCCAGCUCUGACAAGCUCUGCUGCACUGCCAAAGUGCCAGGAGACGCCGAGCUGUGGCACGUGCACCUGGCCGCUAGACCACAGGUGAACCUCCGGUCCAUCGGGCGCAAGCGCUUCGCUCACCUGUCGGAGACGCUGGAUGAGAUCCACGUGGACGCCAACGUGCCCUGGGGAGAGGAUACCCUGUUCACGUUGGAGUUCAGGGCCGACGAGGGCGGCAAGUACGCACUGCAUACGUGCAAUAACAAAUACCUGAGCGCUGGCGGGAAGCUCCUGGACACGUGCACACCACUGUGCCUGUUCAGCGCGGAGUACCACGCCGGGGCGCUGGCGCUCCGCGACGGCACCGGGGCGUACCUCGCGCCCAUCGGCUCCAAAGCGGUCCUGAAGACCAGAUCUACUGCCGUCACCAGGGACGAGCUGUUCUCGCUGGAAGACAGCCUCCCGCAGGCAGCCUUCGUGGCGGCAUUGAACGAGAAAUACGUCUCCGUUAAACAAGGUGUGGACGUGACUGCGAACCAGGACGAGAUCUCGUCUCACGAGACGUUCCAGCUGGAGUUCGACUGGGCGACGCGCCGCUGGUACAUCCGCACCAUGCAGGACCGCUACUGGACCCUGGAGACCGGCGGUGGCAUCCAGGCCAGCGGGGACAACAAGUCGUCAAAUGCUCUGUUCGAGCUGGAGUGGCAGGGCGACGGUGCGGUGGCCUUCAGGGCCAACAACGGCAAGUACCUGAACACCAAGCGCUCGGGACACCUGUACGCCAACGCGGACUCCAUCGAUGACAACUGCAAAUACUACUUCUAUCUCAUCAACAGGCCUAUCUUGGUGCUGAAGUGCGAGCAAGGGUUCGUGGGGCCCAAGGGUGUGAAGCUAGAGUGUAACAAGGCCAACUACGAAACCAUUCAGGUCAUCCGCGGACCCAAGGGCGCCGUUUACUUCAAAGGACAAAACGGCAAAUACUGGCACGCGGACAGCGAGAGCGUGACGUGCGACUCGGACUCGCCGCAAGGCUUCCACCUGGAGCUGCGUGAGCCCACACGCCUCGCAAUCCGCGCGGCCGCCUCGCGCGAGUACCUCGCUGCCGCCAAAAACGGCAACUUCCGCCUCGUCGGCACCGACCUCAGCACCGCCACGCACUGGGAGUACUAAAUCAGCCCCCCCGUAGAGAUUCGCUUGACGCUCGGCCACCCCACAACCAACAAACCGGCUCGGUUCGCUCGAAUGAAUCUCUUUACUCCACAAUACUCUUCCAAUAGCGUAUCCGAGUUAGAAUUUUUACGUUUUGGAAUCUGCUAGCGAUUUGGCGUGGGACUUAAUUUAUCGGUUGAGAAUGUGAAACGCCGCAUGUGAGCGCGUCCGCAGUUGACGCCAUCUUGAACUUUCCUGCCGCCAUUACGCGUAGAUUGUACACAAGAUGGCGGCGUCCGAACGACCCAAUCAGCUGAUUCCGGGAGAAUCUGCUGCCAAUGGUAUUAUAUAAUGUGAAAAAGGGAAUGUUAGUCAAUGCUCGGAAGCAUUGUCGACGCACAUUCUGCAGAAAAAAAAAGUGGUAAUCACGAGGGCGUCAACUGCGGCGCGCCGGCCGGAUUUGCAUUUAAUACGUUAAGGUAUAUGUCGCGCGAGUGCGCGAAUGUGAUCAAAUGAAAAUAUCGCUUCACUUAAUUAUAUUGUAAUCAUAGAUUUAUUUUUCUCUAUUCUCUAUAGAUCUGCCGUCAUUAUUGCUUCAUUCAAAUUAUAUAUAUAUAUUUUUAAUGUUUUGUGACCGUCGCUCGUGCUUGGAAAUUAUUUAUUUUUAGGUUAACGAUAAUUAUUAGUAUCGGGGGACAUUAUUGGAUAUUUGGAGACUAUUUAUUGGGUAUAUUAGUGUCUAGUCGAUGGAUUUUAUACAUUUGUACCGGCACAAGGCGACAACGCCAUCUCUCGUAGGUUAGUGAAAUGUUAACAUCGUGAGACUGAUGCCUACAGAGUUGAGACAACAGUAAAUUCAUUGUUCCGUAAUUAAUUUAAGUUCAACAGGGAUUGACGCAAUACCAGACGCGUGCGCAUCUCGUUAGGAGAGCGUGAUACUGGCAGCGUUGACGCAAUGUUUGUGGCCCGUACGUUGCUCAAAUCGUAAUACCGCACGGAGUCUGGCCUAUAACUAGUUAAUGGAUAUAAGACUAGUUAAGUUAUUGUAAGUAACAUUAAUAGGAUUAAGCUUUGUAUGGGACACCGCUUCCGAUAGUCGUCCGGCCCAUGAUAUCGCGUACUUGAGGCCUUCACCCGGGAGAUUUUUUACUUUUUUACAUGUGAACACAUUUUGUAAUACUGGUGCGUAAUAUAUGUCUUGUAUAUAAGCGAUUAUAUAAGUGUAACCGUAUGUAUGUACUCCCGGCGCGUUACUUGCCCCGCGGGAAAAGUAUCUCGUAAAUUUGUAAUCAUGUUUUUUUUAUAAUAAACAAAAUGUUUACAUAAGUAUCUGUACUGCAACAUUGCUGAUCCUGAAAUUUAUUAUUUGUACGAUAAUGUCUUUGUAAACUAUUAAUUAAUAAAUUAUAAUCAUAUUGUA